AUGGCGGGCUCCGACGAGAAGCGCCGCCGGAUCUUGGCCGCCGCCAUCCCGGAAGAUCUGCUGAUAUCCGAGGUCCUGGCCCGCCUCCCCGUCCGGUCCCUCGCCCGCUGCAGGUGCGUGUGCCGCUCCUGGCACGCCGGGAUCGCCGGCGCCGCCUUCGCCCGCCGCCACCUCGAGCUGUCCCGCGCGAGGCCGCCGCCGCUGUCCGUGCUCGUCAUCCCCCGCGAGAUCGACGACGACGACGACCAAGCCACGACCGGGGAGAUCAGCUUCCACCGCCUCGUGCUGCCGCCGCCAGGACGCACCAUCGCCGCCGAGGCAGAUCUCAUGCUCGAGAAGGCGUGGCCCGGGGGCAUCACGCGCCUCAUCUUCCCCACGCACUGCGACGGCCUGGUCGCCGUCGCCACGACCACGGACACGGUGUUCGUCUGCAACCCGGCCACCAGGGAGUUCGUCGCGCUGCCGCCCGGCAGCCGCAACGCCGAGCGGGACCGCCUGGAGAACAUAGCCCUGCCGGUGGCUCUCGGCUUCGACAAGUGGCGCAACAGCUACGUCGUCGCCAGAUACUUCUACCGGAUGUACGGCCGGAUAUCCUACGACGAGAUCACCGGCGAGAGCUCGCAGGACUACGACAUCGGCCACGAGGUGUUCCCGCUCGCCGGCGGCGGCGGCGGCGGCGCAUGGGAGCUCACCCAAGACCCACCGCACGCCAUCGGGUUCAAGAGGCCCAUCUGCACGCGGCGGGCCUUCUACUGGCACUCCGACGUGCCCAGGCCGCGGCUGAUGCGGUUCGGCCUGCAGCACCGGGCGUUCGACGUGGUGCCUCGCCCUCCCACCGGCUGGAGCUCCAUGGACGACAUGACGGAGCUAGCAGACGGCAAGCUCUGCUACGUGCACGCCGCCGCGAAGGCGUCGUUCCAGGUCUGGCUGGCAGACGAGAGGCCGGAGCUGCAGUGGUCGCUGCGCUGCCGCAUCAAUCUCGUCGACCCCGAACCCAAAUGCAGCUACAACCUCAUGCCGGUCGCCGCCGACGGGGACGUGCUCGUGGCCAUUGUCGGCGAGAAGGUGUGCAGGUGCAACAUGCAGAACGGAAGCGUGGAGGAAGUAGUGGACAAGCUCCAGCUGCAAUACGAGCGACCAGACGGAUCCAAGUACCUGUGCCAAUCAUAUUACUCCAUUCGCUAUGCCACGCCCUACAUGGAGAGUUUGGUCUCACCUCGCUAG